AAAUAAAACCUGCGUACUUUACAGCACACCAUAAACACGAGCCCAGAGCGCAGUAACUUCUCUAAUAAAUAUCCGAUUAAAUACAGAAUAAAGCGCUAUAUCAGCAGAUCUAACGCGUACCCGAGCUAUGGACGAUCAGGGCUGCCCGAGAUGCAAAACCACUAAAUACAGGAACCCGUCUCUGAAGCUGAUGGUUAAUGUUUGUGGACACACACUCUGUGAGAACUGUGUGGACAUGCUGUUUGUACGGGGGUCCGGUAAUUGUGUGCAGUGUGAUACCCCCCUCAGAAAGAGUAAUUUCCGACUGCAGCUCUUUGAAGAUCCUGCUAUUGAUAAGGAGGUGGAGAUUCGGAAGAGGGUUCUGAAAAUUUAUAAUAAGAGGGAUUUUGACUUCUCCAGUCUCAGAGAGUAUAACGACUACCUGGAGCAGGUGGAGGAAAUCGUAUAUAACCUGACGAAUAACGUUGACAUUGAGAGAACAAAGCAGAUAAUGGAGCAGUACCAGAGAGAGAACCGAGACGUCAUACAGAGAAACAAAGUCAAACUGACACGUGAGCAGGAGGAGCUGGAGGAGAUUCUGCUGCUAGAGCAGCAGGACACGGAGCAGAGGAGGCUGGAGACGCUGCAGGAGGAGCAGAGACAACUACAGGCCAAACGCAAAAACAAACAGGCUCUACUGGACGAGCUGGAACGCUCUCAGUUGCCGGCGUCUAUUCUUCUGGCUCAGCAUAAAGACAGAGCAGCACAGCUGGAGACUCAGAUCGAGAAACAGAAACAAAGCGUCAAACCAACCACCAUCUUCUCCACAGGAAUCCCCAAGGGUCAGACGGUGUCUCUCGCUCCAGUUAUUCGUGUGGAGGAGGUGUUGUACAAGUAUCAGCCGAUUCAUGUGGAGACGUAUGGACCUCCCUUACCUGAACUGGAGCAGCUGGACAGACUGGGGUAUCUGAAUCAUGUGAGAACUGCGACGCCGCAGGAUCUGGCUGGUGGUUACACAUCUGAACUUGCCUGCCAUCGAGCGCUACAGGACGCUUUCAGCGGCCUCUUUACAUCGUUAGUAUAACACACCCUCAUGGUGUGUGUUAGCUGGUCUGUGUUUGUAUGUUUAAUGCACAAAUCAAGCCAACUGGAUAACUUCUGUGAAGAGCAUCCAGCAGGAACGAGAAGUUUAUUAAAGGUCAAAAAAUCUUGAGUUUUUCCAGUCAGCCAGGGCAUGUUUAUUAUCUCAAGUUUGAUUUAGUUUUUGCUUCCACAUCAAGUCUCAUAGACCUGCUAAUGGGAUUUCUGACACUGUAUCACUGCUACAACACUGAUAGGUUAAGCCUUAUUUCCAAAAGAAAUAAAAGGAAUAUAAGGAGAAUCUUUUACAGUCAUUCUGCUGCGGAGUGAAGGCGUGUAUGUGAAGGGAGUGAAGGGGGAAUGUUUGAAAACAAAGCAACUCUCUGAAUUAACAUUAACAUACAAACCAAUUAAUAUUAAGUAUAGAGAUACUCUGAUCUGGACUUUCAGUUGUGAAAAUUGAGAUUUCCCUUUGAAAGGAGAAUAUAGUCUAAAACUAGGCUUGUUCUUGGUCUACGAAACUGACCCAAAUGAGUUGUGUGAAGAUUUUUUAAAACAUUGGUGGAAUUACCAAACACCUCCACAUGGUUUAAGAAGUGUGUGAUGAUUUCAGCCUGGUGCUAACUGGGCUACACAAACUUUAUUACUUGUACCUCAUGAAGUGUAAAACUAAAGACGAUUUGUGCUUUUUUGGAAGACAUACCCAAGUUUAUUUUGUGUCAUUUUCCCAUGUAUUCCAGAACAAACAUUCUGCAGUCUAGUCCUGGUUGACUGACGUACAGAUGCAUUGUGUAGUCAUUUUUGAAGCAUAUUUGUAAUUUUGUAAUUUGUAAAUGUUUGGUUUAAAUAAAUGGUAAAACAAG